AUGACACAUCCAGCCCUGGGCGCUGCUUCGAACGAUGACGGCUGGUCCAUGAAGGUUCAGGCGGAGGUACGUGCCAUGGAGGGCUACCCGGUGGUGCUGCCUUGCUCCUUCACCCACCCCCACCACACGCAGCACUCCUCCCUGCAGGUGGUGUGGCGGCUGGGCCACGGCCAGGGCUCUACGGUGCUCUACCACUGCUCCUCUCCCACUGGGGCCAAGACCUGCCAGCCAGGCCCCCAGCAGGACCAGCGUUAUCGCCUGGAGGGGAACCCCCGAGAGCACGACCUCUCCUUGCGCAUCAACAGCGCUGCCCUGCAGGACAACGGACGCUACUACUGCCGUGUGGAGGUCCCCGGACACGCACACGCCAGCUACGAGGAUAAGAUGGGCACACGGCUUAGAGUGGAGGCUGCCCCACGAAUCCUGGGCCUGUCAGUGGAGGGCAGUGAGGAAGCUGGCUACAGGGCUCAGUGUCGUGUCCAGGGCUCUCCCCUACCUGACGUCCAGUGGCUGGGGCCUGACGAGCUCAUGGAAGGCUCCGACAUCUCUCCCCUCUCCCAGGAGUCCUUCGAGCAACAUCACACCACCAGCCAGCUCCGGGAUGUCCUCCCUGGGCAGCAGUACACAUGUAGUGCCUCCAACCCCCUGGGGAAGGACCAGGCCACCCUGUACAUGCUGCCCCCCAGGCAGGUGCAGGUCUCUGGGGAGGCCCCUCCGCUGCUGCUCCUGCUCUCCCUCUCCCUGGGGUUCAAGGUGCUCCUGCUGCUGGGGAUGGUAGUCUGGCUAGUUAAGAAAACA